AUUUUUUUAUUUAAUUCUGGAUAGCAAUGUGGUCUAGAUCAUCAACCUUUUCAAGAUUCAUUCUUUUGGCCACUCAGCCAUUUCUUUCUUCUCUUAAAUCAUGGCAGUUUGGUACUGCAUAGCUGUAAGGUCUCAAAGACAUUGAUUCUCUCUCUCUCUGUCUUUUGGCCACACAUGCCCUUGUUCUAUAGCAAAGCCCUUUCAGAUUAAAUUAUGCACAUGGCUUGUUGCUGUUGCUGUUGUAAUAUAUAACCUUUUGAUGUCCUAGCAGCUUCUUCAUUCUUUCUAUUUAAUGGUAGAUUACGUGAGAUAUUGCCGUGCCUUUCCCAUGAUUACAUCUUGAUAUUUAAGCUGGAUUUGAGCUGGGAACCUAGGCAUUAAUCCCGUCAAAAUGAGCUCUAAACUUGAAUCCAGAAGGUACGUGAUAAUUAAUAGUCAAAAUGAGCAAUUAGUGAUUUCCAUUAGCACUAACCAGUGUGUUUUUCUUGCUGUAAUAUGGCAUUAUUCUUGAUGAUGAUUAUAAUCAUACAUCAUGUGAAAAACUGAUCAAUGGUUGGUCACUUGGUGGUCAUAAUUAUUUGUCAGUUCAUAAUUACAAGAGUAGUUGAUAAAUCAUAAACUCCAGCAGCCUACAGGUUAAUUGUGGGGUUAUUAAGGUUAAUGUAAUGUAAUUCAGCACUCAAAAGGUGACGACUUUUUUAAAGGCAUCAAGAGGCCUUUCCUGUUUUCGGCUCUCCAGACAUGAAGGCCCAUGCUUUUGAUUUCUUAAAAUAUGCUUCUUGAGACAAGGGCAGCGAAUACCCUCUAGAAUCUCAAGACUUGGAUGAUGCAUGCUUCUAUUUCUCAGGGCCAAAUUCAAAUGCCUUCCAGCUCCUCCAAAUGAUGAGGUCAGGUUACACUUUAUAUAGCUAUGUAUGAUCAUAAUAGUGUGUAGCAAAUUAGCAGCUCACCUAUUUCACCACACCACGGGAAGAGCAGCAUCAACUGAAGAUCAUCAAAAUCCGCAUCACCUUCUCUUGAAUAUCUGCGAGCAAGAAAACUUUCAUGGACAAUGACUGACCACAGGACCAGAGACAGGACACAACUAUUGGAUUUCAGUCUCAAGAAGCUGUAAGUGUACAUUUGAUACUUCAGAGUUGUGCUACCCACAAUAGCCCUUCAGGAAGAAAGAAAACAAGAAGACAAUGAGUGAGCUAGGUUCUGAAAGAUCAAAGCCAUGGAACAUAUACACAAGUUCAGACCCUGCACCAUCUCAAACAGGAGAAAUUGAUAGGGAAGCUCCAUGGAAAAGUUUUGGAACGUCCAUGAAUGCCAUUUCUUUUGGUUUUGUUGCAACAGCAAUCUUGAUAUCAAUGUUUCUGAUAAUGGCCAUCUUCGAACAUCUGUUUAGGCCUAAUCCUUCUUUUUCUACACCUCAAGAAGUCACCGAUGGUUCUUCAGAAUCAAGACCACUAUACAAACUUGGAAACCCUCAAACAGUUCCAGCAGCUUAUGCAUCAGAUUUUGCAGUAGUGAUGCCUGGACAGCAGCUUCCAACUUAUAUUGCCCAACCAGCACCCUUACCUUGUCCAAGGGAAAAGAUUUAUUGGCCCAACCAUGAGCAAAACCUUGUAUUUCCUUGAAAACAUAGUGUAAUACUUGCAUUUGAUCAUGCAGCGGAAGUUAUGUUAUACUAUCUAUCUAUAUCAAAAUGAUUCAUCACUAUUAUGCACUA